CAUGAUUCCAGGCCCGAACCGCAGGGUUCAGAAGCUUUAUUCCACUUCCAGCGUCCCUCUCAUUUUAUUUCCCUCCCCCCUUCGGAACCUCCACCUCUUUCGCGGCCACCAUGGCCUUUAAUCCUCCCUCGAAGCGCAAGCCCGGCUUCGCGGGCAACCAGAACGGCAUCUCCGCCGCCGCCCGCAAGCGGGCCAAAACGUUCGAUGCCCGCUCUCUCGCCGUGCAGGCGGCCGACGCUGCACUUUCUGCGUCCGGAGAACUCAAUGUCGCGGCUUAUGUGGAGGCGAGGGAAUUCGAGAUCCGGUCGCUGGAGUCGGGGAUGCAGCGAUCGAAGUCUGCGUUGACGAGUCGUGCGUUUCAGAAAGUGCCGAGGUCGUUGCGACGACGGACGGCGAGUCAUAAUGUGAAGAGGGUUCCGAAGAGGUUGAGGGCGAGGGCGAAGAGAGAGAUGCUCGAAGACAACACCCCCACUGUAUCAUCCCGGACGAGAAAACCGACGGAACAGAUGCGCAUUCGACUUGAAACGGCCCGCCGAUUACAGAAUCUGAACGCGAAGAGUAAAGCCAAGCGGGCGGCUUUGAAAGCGGAGCGGGAUAAGGAGACUCGAGUGGCGUUGGAAGAAUCCGGCAGUCAUGCGUUUGAGAUUGCGCCGCGGGUGCCGAAGAUCAAGAAGAAUAAAUUGUCGAGGCCGAAUCCGCCGGAGGCGAAGUUUAAGAAGCGACAGCGGUGCAAGACUUGGCUGCCGACGCAUAUGUUUCAUGCGAAGAGGGCGCAUAUGACGACGUCGAAGAAUCCGUUGUGGCGGUUUGCCUUGCCCGUGUCGCCGACGGAGAAGAGUUAUCGGCCUACGCAUCGGGCGAGGGGGUCGAGGGGGGCUGUGGCGUGGGAUAUGAGUUAUGUGGCUACGAUUCAGUUGGAGGGGACGGAGGAGGCCCUGGAGGGGGUGUUGAGGGCUGUUGGGGUUGAUGGGCAGGAUGCUUGGGGGGUUAAGGGGAGGAAGUGGAGGGCUGGGACGAGGUGUUUGCGGGCGUGGAUGUUUGAGUGGGAGGGGGAACGCAGGCCGAUUGCGCCGGUCACGUUGAUUCGGUGUGCUGAGGCCAAGGGGGAGGAUGUGGAGAUGGCUGAUGCUGAUGAUGCUGGGAAGGGGAAGAAACAGAAGGAUAGGAAGAAGGUAUUUGUGAGAGUGCACCCGUCUGCGUUUUUGCAGCUGUGGAAUGCACUCCUGGGCAUUUCGAAGAAGCAGAAUCCUCCUGUUAUGGUGGAAGAUUUGCGGUUCGAGAUUGGCAGCAUUGAAAUCACCGGUCCAGGCGCAAUGGAGGCAUUGCUCGCGUCUUUCAAGCCAGUUGCUGUGGAUGGGAAGGAUAUUGCAGCGAAUAGCCCGGAGGCUACAUGGAACUCUCUCCUGGGGGUAUCGAAUCCUUCGUCUCUGCCACAGAAUGCUGUUCUUGGUUUCUCUGUCUCCGAUCCCCGUCUCGAAUUUCCGCCCAAGACCCUGAAGCCGCCAUCAUCCGACAGCCAGAUGCAAGAUCUGGCUAUUUUGCUCUCAACAUGGUCUCCGGACAACACACAGACAGCGCCUGCUCUCUUCGACCGUCGCACUCGGUUGGCUGCUGCGCGCCAGUUGCCUAGCCAGAAGGCUAUCAACCGGCGUCGUUCUGAAGCUGGCCCGGGUACACGCCCGCCAGCGAAGGAUACUGAUCCAAAGAUACCUGUGAUUGCUCUCGCCUGCCGACCUAGUGUCUAUUCUAAGAACAGCAACGCCCCGGGGAGCUGGACUGUUCUCCUCCCGUGGAAAUGCGUACUUCCUUUCUGGUACUCGCUAAUGUACUAUCCACUCUCGAGCGGCGGGAACCCACGAUUUGGAGGCUUGAAAGAACAACAGCAGCUCGCAUUCGAGUCAGGGGAGGCUUGGUUUCCUGGUGAUUUCCCUGGCAUCCGGGCAGGCUGGGAAUGGGGCCUGCGGGAGAGGGAAGAGGCCAAGCAGGAGUGGGAGCGGCGGCCGAAGGGGCGCAGAACCGAGUUUGAGAGCAUUGACCUGAAAAAUGGCCAGAAGGGUGAGGUCGGACGUGGCUGGGCCUGCGACUGGGAGAGGCUCGUUCAGGGUCCGACAGAGUGCAAGGAUAAGGAACAGCUUUCAGAGACUGCACCUGAUGCCAAACCCGAAGAUGCCAAACCUGAGGAUAGUGUCAUCUACCCACCGAUGGACAUUCACCAACUGUCAACAUCCGAGGCAGCUAAGACACUGAAGAACCCUCCCUCCACCAUCAACGCCUCAGCUCUGGCAACCGUCAAACUCUCACUCCUCCACCGCGGAACACCCACCCCCCGAGCCCGCAUCUACCGUCUCCCAACCACCGAUCCCGAACUACGCCAGAAAUGGCUUUCCCUCGCAUCAACCAAGCCCGACGAUACCCAAAAGCAACCUCAAAAGCAACAAGCCCCUGGCAAUACCGAGGAAGCUCGGCAACGUCUCGCCGCAUCUCUCAUUGCCCCGUCCGCCGAUGCAGACGCCCGCCAGGAACACCUACCGGUUCCAACAGAAGCAGAUCUCAUCGGGUUCAUCACGACGGGUAACUACAACCUCGCAGAAGGCAAGGGCACGGGCAUUGGGUCCAUCCAAUUGUCGAAGGUGGUGAAUACGGAUUCGAGUAAGGGUAAAGCCAGUGGGAAGAAUAUGUGUAUCAUCCGGAGUGCGGGUGAGACGGUGGCACGGGUGGGAUUCUGGGAGCUCGUAUAACGGUGUAUGAAUAAUGUGGAAUUUAGACAUGAUACCCUGUGUCUCAAUGAAUUGGACUGUUUGCUAGGG